AAUUCCAAAAAUUUUAGUUAAGUCUUAAAAUUGCUCCAGAUGAAGGAGAGAGCCUUGAUCACAUGAAGAAUGGUCUGAUUGUCAGGUCAGCUUCAGAAUAAAACCGAACCUGAAAAAGAAGCAACCCAGACUCUUUCCAUGACCAGAAGAAUGAGCACUGACAGACCUUCCAACUUAAUCAAACACCCAGGACAGACAAGCAUUGCAUCCCUCGAAAACAUAAGUGAUUUUUCAUUAAAUAUCACUGACUGCGCCCAGGUUGUGGUGCCAGAGGAAGUUUUUUUCACUGUUGCUGCUGCUGGGAUACUGGAAAAUCUACUUAUUCUCAUUGCUGUUAUUAGAAAUAAGAAUUUACACUUGCCCAUGUACUUCUUCAUCUGCAGUUUAGCCAUUUCAGACAUGUUAGGUAGCUUGUACAAAACUCUGGAGAACAUCUUUAUCAUCUUGUGCAAAAUGGGAUACCUGACCCGUCAUGGAGACUUUGAGAAAAAACUGGAUGACGCCAUGGAUUCCAUGUUCAUUCUGUCUUUGCUGGGGUCUAUUUUCAGCCUGCUAGCUAUUGCAGCAGAUAGAUAUAUCACCAUCUUCUAUGCUUUGCGGUACCACAACAUCAUGACGCUGAGGAGGGCCUUGGUUAUCCUGGCAAUCAUCUGGGCGUUCUGUGCCGGCAGUAGCAUUGCCAUUGCCCUCUUCUCCUAUGAAGCAGCAACAGUCAUUCCCUUCACCAUCCUGUUCCCUUUGAUGAUGUGUUUCAUACUUUGCCUUUAUGUGCACAUGUUCCUCCUGGCUCGAUCUCACGCCAAGAAGAUCGCCUCGCUGCCCAGCAGCACGGUCCAUCACAGAACAAACAUGAAAGGCGCCAUUACCCUGACUAUUUUCCUUGGAGUUUUCCUUUGUUGUUGGGCUCCCUUUGUUCUUCACAUCCUCUUAGCAAGGUUUUGCCCACAUAACCCUUACUGUGCCUGCUACAUGUCCAUUUUCCACGUGAAUGGGACACUCAUAAUGUGCAAUGCCAUCAUCAACCCUAUGAUUUUUGCAUUCCGAAGCCCAGAGUUGCGGAGUACAUUUAAGAAGAUGUUCUACUGUUCCAGGUCAAGCUGCAACUGGUGAACACUUUGCCAAAAUGAAAAUUAUAGAAGCAUUUAUGGGGUGCUGUGCAACAACAGUGUGGAGAGCUAAAAAUAC